CAUAGUAGUUCGAAUUAUUACUUCUGUGAUUAUUGAAAAGGAAUAAACUAAACUUUCUUUUUUUCCAAUUCACAUCUUAUUAGGUACCGUGUGAAGCUUGUGUAAAAAAAAAAAAGGUACCGUGUGAAGCUUGAGGUGCAAAGCGAGUCUAACUCAGCAACCUUUAUCAUCUUUGACUAUGAAGCGCACCGAUUCUUUGGAAUCAGUGCUAAUGAAAUUUUCGACAAGACUGGCCAAAACAAUACUUCACUUCCUGAACAACUCCUCGAGAUAGUGGGUACCACAAAGGAAUUCCAGGUCAAAUUUAAUUUCACCCGUACGAAGAUGGGAAAGUUGAUUUCACUGUGCUCUGAAUAUUGGAUGGCACUACACAGGUCAGUUGACUCAUCACUCCAACUAUACAUGUUCAGUAUUGAAUAUUGGUUGACUUUGAGAAUCAUAUUCAUGCAUGCUAGGAAAUCGGGGUUUUUUUACUUUAUUUCCAGUUCAAACAUGAAUUCAAACACUUAUGCUAUUGAUUCAAACAUUUUGGGUUGGUCGAGGUGUUUUGUUGGAUUAGAUUUCAUUUGUGUUAUUGCCUUAAGUAACUGGAAUAAUGAUUGUCUUCUAUUUGAAACUGGGUUGCAAGUUUAGGGAGAAAUAGUGUUAGCAGCUAUUCAUCUAUCCAACCAAUUGUAUCUAUAUAUUUUUUUCCUUUGAUCACAAAUAAGCUGGAGUCCUUCAUGUUUUACCCUUUAAUAUGAGCUAAAAUUUCUUCGAAGUAGGUACGUUUUCGUGUUUUUGAGUGGCAGAGGCAGGCAGGCAGCACCUAGAAAAGAUGAUGAUUUUUUUGUUCGAUUAGAUUUCAUUUGUGUUACUGACUUAAGUAACUGGAAUAAUGAUUGUCUCCUAUUUGAAACUGGGUUGGAAAUUCGUGGAAAUAGUGUUACAUAUAUUGGCACUAAAAUAAACUCACAUUUCCCAUGUUAAUAGUACCUCUUAGGGUGUGUUAGUGCCACAUAACAACUUGAUUAUAAUUGAAUGUACUCUGCAGGAGAAAGAUUUGCCCCUGCACAAGGAUGAAUCCUCUUCAUUUAUUACCACUAGUAGCGAGUCAUACCAACCUUCACCUGAUGCAAACCAAAUUGGCAACCCUGAAGAGUCUUAUGGAGCAGUCAAAGGUCCUGACAGUUCUGCAAACAAGCUGAAGAGAAAGAUGCCAUUGGAGUGAUCUUCUAUGUCCUGAGCUUCCAUUGAGUUUCCAGCUUUAUUAUCUACGUUUUUUCUAUAUUAUGUUUUUCCAGACUAUUGGUUUGUUCCCAAAGAAUUGAGAUUUUCUGUUCGCCCCUAGAAUUAAACCCAUGAACAUAACACUCAACUCUUAUUUUCUCCAUAAUUUAAGUUUAAUGAUUUUUAAUUAUCUGUUUCAUGCUUGGGUUGGAUUGUUAAUAUUUUUAAGUUGAUUAGAAAGCACAGCAGGGUAUGUUUGUCCAGAUUAGGUUAGUUGCAACUAAGAUUGAGAUCUCCAAAUUGAUGGGUUUUCAAAUUUCAUCAUCCAGAGCAAUUUCCAUUACAUGUCCGACAUUUCACAUGUUUAAUUGUUGUUUUGAGUUUUAAGUUUGUAAAGCCCACACCAGCUGUCUAGCCCACGAGAGAAGGCCACGACGAUGUUCCUAUUGGGGCUGGUCUGUCGCCUUCCUAUACCUAUCCUCCCGUCGUUCACACAUUCCAUAAAAAACGCCAAAGAUUGUCGUUAGCGCCCUCUUUCUCACUUCUCACGACGUCCCUCACUUCUCCCUUGGGUUUACACCGUUCAUGUUUUUCACGGGUUAGCAUUUAUUCAUCUAUCCCACCGAUUCUAUCUAUAUUUUUUCCCCUGUGAUAAUAAUAAGCUAGAGUACUUAAUGUUUUACCCUUUAAUAUGAGCUCAAAUAAGGUUGGAUUAGGUUUGUUUUCGUGUUCUUGCACUGCAGAGGCAACACCUAAAUGCAGAUUCAUAGGUAAAAAAUGCAUAGGCAAAGGGGUCUAGAGAGGAAAUAUAUGGAAUUGAGCAAGUUUGACUAAUUAAGGACUAAUCAGUCGACAAGGGUAAAAGACAAGGACUUACACAGAUAUUUUCCCUUUUAAAACAAUUAAAAAAAACUCGGGGGACUUCCAGUAGAAAAGAAAAGGGACACCUAGGUUUGGGGAUUUUCAAUUCCUGCCAUCCCCAGCCGAUCACCAUCGCUAUUCAGGCCGCCCAACUUCACAGGCGAUAUCUGCUUCGUUCAACCAUCGUCUCCUCAUUCCUCUGUGUUUCAUCCCGACGGAUGGUAACCCGGUAUACUCUCUACAACUCACAUCUCGCGACGGCCCUCACUUCUCCCUCCGGUUUACAUAGUUGAUGUGUUUCCCGAGUUAGCAUCUAUUCAUCUAUAUAGCCGAUUCUUGGUAAUUAGCAUCCCUCGAAUUUGUAUUCUCUGCCCGUAAUUGGAAGAGGCGUAGGAUUCAGUGGCAGGCACAAUAACGCGGUUCAAUUUCUUCCAAGGACCUUCUCCGAUUGGAAUCCAGAGUUUUCUCCUAGCCUUUCCCUGUUUUGGCAUCUGGAGUAUCUACUCAGUCACUCUAGAGGAUCAGCAUCGGUGCGGUUUUUCUUGCGACUGGAAUUGGCAGGUAUUGGUAGUGUUCGACUGCCUCAUGAGUUGAGCUAAAUAGCAUCUUCCAGAGACCCCAUGGUUCGUAAUCAACACACCAAUGCUGCCUCAUCGUCAAGGUCCAUUAGACCUCAUAGUCGGCUCCCAGGCAGUCAAUGUAAUUGCAAAGAAUUCAACAUUUUCCUCAUUUGAUUUAAAUGUUUGUUUACUGUCAUUUUCAUGGGUGUGCAACUUACAUGUUAUCAUUUGCUUUCUCAUAAGGUUCAAGCGAGCCAUCAUCGCGCAACCAAAAGGUCCGACCUCCCAGCAAAUUGCGGAGAAGGAGUGACUACAACAAAGUAUCGUUCGUGGAUUCCUUUGUGUGUUUCAUAUCUGUAUUGUUGGAUUUGUCAGUAAACAUUGUAUUGUAAUUUGGUGGACUGCAGAAAUUGAGUUAUUGAAUAUGGAACUUCGACAUACAGAGCAAGCAUUAGCCCAAAUCGCCCGUGAAUUACGUCGGAAUGUUUUACGUUAGCACUCCAGCAAGCGACGUUUAGGUGCUCUGCCUGGUAUCAAGUCAUUGCCAUUUCUUAGUUUGGUUCUACUUCUACAUAUCAAUCAAUACCAUUUCUUGGUUUGGUUCGACAAUGUUGUGCGUAUCCGGUUUUCUGUUCUAGAGGAUUAACUGCCAUAGUUUUGUUUUUAUGCUGAAUUGCUAAGUUAUGAUACUAAUCUUAGUAUAUUUAGCGGAAUCCUUCUUCCCUAGCUGUGGUGGUACUAUCCUGGAGAAUUGAUUCCCCACAGUUGAGGAUAAUUGUAGUUUAGGGUGGUUACGUUGCUCCAGUUGCUUAUCUUGUUUACUACUCAACCAUAAAUUGGUGUUUGCUCCACAGAUUUUGCAUUGGUGUUCUCUCGCUUAAGAUCAAAACAUUCUCGAGUUCUUCGGUGCAUUUAUUUGUGUCACAGAUGCCAAGUUAAUCCUGUUCCUAUGGCAUUUACACGUCAGUGUGGUAUGUAUUCACUUUCAAGCUUAUGUUUGAGUCGGGUUCUGCAUCAACCCAUAAUUUUACAAUUGCCACUAUUUUGUUUAUAGGUUUGCCCUGUGUAGAUGCUUUUAGUUUGGAUGGACCUUCGUGCAUCUGCCAAUUAUGUGGAGCAGUCAUGUUGUGAGAGGAAAGCACUUUACACACUAAGAGCCAAACCAACUCGUUGUUUUCUUUGUGCUGCAAGCAAGGGAAAGUCAAAUUGCCCCCGCGAUGUGACCUACCUCCAUAUUUGACAGAAUUAUUAGAGUCUGCAUCACCUCUUAGUCUCCCUUUCCGGGAGGCAAUUCGUCUAUAUAAUGCUGUAUUUUGCUUCAUCUCACUUGGAGGUAAGGUGGAUCGCAGUAUAAAUGAUGGUGAUGGUGUGUCUGUUUUCUCUAUAAGUGGUCAGAUUUAUCAUAGCAUCGGCAGCUUACUCCUUUCAGAAGGCCAGGCAACAAAGUUUGCCCAGUUGUAUAUUCAUGAAUCUACUUUAGAACUCCAGAAUCGUCUCCAGUUGUUUUCGGAUGGUGAACAGAAUAAUCCAUUGCGCCCAGAGGUUGUUGAAGGCUUGCAACUAAUGUUUGAGCAAUGCAAUGUCUUGGUACAGACAUUCAGGAUGACAAGACAAAAAAUGACUGAAUCUAAUGUUCAGGAGGGGAAGAUCAAGUUGUUUGCCAAGCAUGGACAGGAUGGGAGAGAAUAUGAUCUACCCACAAGGAAUGAUGUAGCAACACUGAUUGUGGAUGAAACAGAUUAUGAUACAUUUGAGCCAAACAUUAUUGUUCACUAUCAGAGCUCACAACUUGAAAGGAUCAAUUAUCACCAUCCAUCUUUAAUGGCCCUACAAUAUCCAAUCUUAUUUCCUUAUGGGGAGGAUGGGUGGCAUCCAGAUAUAAGUUGUGAUGAUGAUGAGGAUGAUAACCUUUGGAAGACAAUAAUCUAUCACAAUGUGA